ACAGCGUGAUGAGUCUGACAAUAGCUUCAGUACAUCUGUCAGUUGGACACGAAAGAGAAGACUUGUAUAAUUUAUGUGUGUCUAAAAAAACUAUAUUGAGUUAGAUUUUCAAAUAUUUCAUUUCAUGCAGAUGUUUGUGAAUAUGUUAAUUUAACAAUUAUCGACCAUAAAAAGUGAUCGAGAUUUGACAUUUGAUUGGUGGACGCGAAGUAUUUUCAAAUGUUAAUUAGGUGGACAUUAUUGUGUUGCGUUGCAGGAUGAAUUCUUACCAGAAAAGAAAGAAGCCUAAUUUUUACACGUCACAGAAAGCUAAAAAGAAAAGGGAAUUCGUAUUGAAGCCUGGACUUAAAGGUUUCCUCUGCACUUGCAACAGCAGAGAAAAAGAUUGCAUCAGAGAAUCCUACAACAUUCUCAACGAAUAUGCCGACUGUCUAUAUGGCGAAGAGAAGGAGACUUCUGCUGGUACUUCUGCAGUUCGAGGUACUGCAAAAGAUGAAUCUGAAGAUGAAGACAUUGAGACUGCAUUGAGUAAGGAAUUAGAUUCACUUAAAGCUGAGAGGAAGAAAGUUCCAAGCAAAUGCCGAUUUCAAGCCGUCGAUUCAGGAGCAAACAAUUGCAUAUUCAUCCAAACUACAGUGCCAGAACCUGUUCAGCUGGCCCAUUACAUUAUGAAAGAUCUGGAGUCUACAAAGAAACAAAAAACACGCUUCUUGCUGCGCUUAUUGCCAAUAGAGGCUACAUGUAAGGCUUAUUUGGAGGAUAUACGUCAGACAGCCGAUAACUUAUUGGACAAAUAUUUCUCAAAGGAAGGGAAGACAUUUGCUGUACUAUUCAAUCGUCGAAACAGUAGCGGUGUCAAUCGUGACGAUCUGAUUCGUGACUUGGCAGAGAUGGUUCUGAGGAGGCACCCUGAAAACCGAGCAGAUUUGAAGCACCCUCAGCUAGCCAUUAUUGUGGAGGUGAUCCGUAACAUGUGCUGUCUCUCAGUUCUUCCAGAUUAUUUUGAGCUGCGCAAAUACAACUUGCUUGAACUGUGUGCUCCAGAGGGUGGAAUCAAGGUAAUAGGUGAGAAGAGAGAAAGGGUUGUUGGAGGGGAAGGUGAAGGUCAGGCUAAAAUAGUAGGAGGGAAAAGUGAUGAGAUUGGGGAGGAAGUUAUGGUGGCCAAAGAGGAUGUAGAAACAUGUCCAGAUGGGGAAGGAGAUAAAAGUAAAAUUGUAGAUUCAGAAUUAGAAGAAGAAGCAAAUCAAAUUAAAGUAAGUGAUGAUGUAGAUGAUCCAAAGAAAAAACCUGGGCAUGUGAAUGUUGGGGACCAGUUGGCUGAAAUGGGAAAUAAAUAUAUUGGUGUGAAUAUUGAGGAGCAGAUGGAUGUAACAGGAAAUAAAAGUAGUGAUAAACCAGUAGCACAUGCAGAAGCAGAUGUGUAAAAUGUUUGUUUAGUUGUGUUUAUCAGGACAAUGUAAACCACUCUGACAGGGUUGUGUUUCAUAAAUCCAUUUUUUUAAAAAAAGUUUUUUUUUUAUUGUGAUGACCAUGUCCUUGUCUUUAAGUCUAUGUUUCUCACUGGUCUCAGUGUUUUCCAGCCUCUCAUAAACAAAGUAUUCCUGCUUGAUUUUAGCAGCUCUGAAAAUAAAAGCCAAAUGUAUAUUUAUAGUUGUAAUGUUAUUAUUCUUACUAAUAAUACUGUGUUCAUUAUUUCUUUGUUUAAAAACUUCGACCUGUUGCAUAUGAAAGUUAAUAUCAGAGUUUCUUUUUAUGUGCUCUUACUGGAAUUCGUGCUUAUAUAAAUGGAUUUUGUGUUCUGUAAUUAAAACAGUUUUUCUAA